CGCAGGGGAGACCAGAGGGGAGGCGCAUCGCCGGAGACCCGCUCAAACCCUCUCCUGACACAGACAGACGGACCGACGGACGGAGGCAGGAGGCAUAUGCUGAAGCAAACAGUUGUGCGCUCGCUCUCCGAUGUGAUCCGAUUUCAGAAAAAAAAACGCAACUUUUUGGUUGCAAGACCCGCGGAGUUCUAUUCCAAGACGGUGGAUCCGUUUGUUUUCUUCUGUUAUGCGAGUGGAUUUUCUUUGGAAGGAAUAACGUUUUUAUUUGAAUAUAAACGAUAUUUUUUAUAAACUAUAAACUACUUUUUUUACCCCGUUAUAUCGAGCUGCAGUGAACUCCGGAAGAGUUGAUAAGGACAGUCAGGAUGUCCCAUAUCUCCGUCAACGACCACCUGGAGGGGAUUCUAUCAGACUUCGAAGCUUUAAAAAGAUCCUUCGACGAUGUGGUCGAGCUUCCUCCCUUCUCCCCCUCCUCCCCGGUUCCCUCCCCCCUCUCCUCCACCUCCCUCCUCAACAAGACCAACGAGGGUCGAGGGUUCCCCACCUCCAGCCACGGCUCCCCUGCCUUCCGCUCCCGGAUCAGCCUUGGUACCAACCCCAGCCCUGCCCAGAGCCCUGUAUUCAAGUCCCGCAUGGUCUCCAGUCUCUCCUUCAACAGAGCCAUGAACAGACCCGCCAUCAACAACAAUGGAGGGAGCUCCGGAGGCAUCACCAGGGCCUCUUCCUUCCAGAACAAGUUCAACCCUAAGGGUUUCUCCUCCUCUCUCUCUGGCCCAGGCAGUGAUAAUGAUAGUCUCCAUAGCUCCUCUUCUAGUCUGGAGUAUUCCAUCCAGGGAGGCGGAGGAGAAGGAGGAGGAGGAGGAGGGGUACCUCCGGGCAAGCCAGGGUCUCUGUCCUACUCCACUAGCCCACAGAUGGAGCAGCGUCCUGGGCAGCAGCGUGGCGUGUUCUCUUCCCAUGGCAGUGUGUUUCAGCCAAUGGGGCUGGGAGCUCCAGAGCCCAGGGGGGUCAGCCACGGAUCCAUGCCCAGUCUGGACCUCCAGAUCGGGGAAGGAGGAGGCGGGGUGAUGGGGGUGCGGGGAGCUGGAGGUGGAGGGGUGAGGUAUGGCAACGCCAAUGUUGGUUUGAAUGGCGGAUCCCAGCGGCAUUAUAACACCAGUCCCUUUGGGAAGGAAGGAUGCUACUCUCCCAAUCAGAACCACAACAGCUACGAGGCCCAGCCCAAACCCAAAGAGACCCAGCGUCUCAACAAGUUCCCCCUGGAUCUAGACAGUCUGGUGGGGGUGAAGACGCCCCAGCCCAGCCCUCAUCCUCCCCCCUCGUCUGACCCCCCUAAACCUCCACCCAGAGCACACUAUCCCAGCAGCCUCUCUGUCUCAGCUAGCCCAUCCCUCAGCAGUCUGGACAGCUCCGGUGGUGACCUCACUCCUCUUCCCGCCGCCAAACACCACGUCUCCUACAACAACAUCAACCCCUCCCUCCCCCGCUCUCCCCCACCUACCUCCCCCCCGGGGGCCAAGCCUGUCCCUAAGGUGAGCCAGUCCCCUGUCCCCCUGUCCCCCGCCCAGACCCCCCAGCUCAACCUGCUCUCCCCCAGACCUCAGGUAGGACACCUGGCCCCCUCCACCCCCCUGCCACUGGAGCACACCCAGCCACAGGAAAUGAUGUCAGAGAGAGAAAGCGUGGGUUCCAUCCUGCAGAGGAUCGCUUCCUUCUCCCGUCCCGACGCCAUGACGACCACCAGGGUUCCAAGCGCCGCCAGUGUUCUGAGCGGGGUUGCCCUUAGCAACGGGGUGAAGAAGGAGAGCCCACCACCGAUGAUGAUGAUGCAUCAGGAGCGUGUUUCAUCACCUCUACCUGUGACGGUCCAGAGACAGGGGCUAAAGAGAGUGCAAGACACAACUAAGGUGCUGGAGCAGGAGAUACCCGCCUCGAUGGAGGAGAGAGGGAUGGAGGAAGUGAAACCGUUAGCAGUAGAAGACAAAGCAGCAGCAGAGGAAGCUGUGGAGGAGAGAGUAGCUCAGGAGAAGACAGAGGAUAGCACAGCGCAGAAUAAAGAGACGGAGGAGAGAGAAGUAGACGUAGAGAGAGAGAUGGAGGGAGAGGUAGAGGUCGUGACCCCUUGCCCUACAGAGAGCCAUGGUCUCCAGGGAACCAUUAAAGGUCAUGACCUCUUCGGCUAUGUGGGCAUCGAGGCUGUUCUGGACCAGAUGAGACGCAAGACCAUGAAGGCUGGCUUCGAGUUCAACAUCAUGGUCGUGGGUCAGAGUGGACUAGGGAAGUCCACCCUGGUCAACACUCUGUUCAAGUCUAAAGUCAGUCGCAAGUCCUGCAGCCCAAACUACGAAGAGAAGAUCUCCAAGACUGUCAAACUGCAGUCCGUCAGCCAUGUGAUAGAGGAGAAAGGAGUGAAGAUGAAGCUCACAGUGAUUGACACGCCAGGAUUUGGAGACCAGAUAAACAACGAAAACUGUUGGGAGCCUAUAGUGAGUUAUGUUAAUGAGCAGUAUGAGAGGUACCUGAAAGAAGAGUUGUACGUCAACAGGAAGCCGAGGAUCCCUGACACACGCGUCCACUGCUGUGUCUACUUCCUGCCUGCCACCGGACACUGGUUACGUCCCAUAGACGUGGAGUUCAUGAAGAGGCUGGGGAAGAUAGUCAGCAUCGUACCGAUCAUCGCUAAGGCAGACACACUCACCAUGGAGGAGAGACAAGAGUUUAAACAGAGGAUAAGACAGGACCUGAAGGCCAAUGGGAUCCGGGUCUACCCUCAGACUGAGUACGACGAAGAUCCAGAGGACAGGAUACUCAACGACAAGAUCAGGGAAAACAUUCCGUUUGCGGUGGUGGGGACAGACAAGGAACACCAGGUAAACGGGAACAAGGUCCUGGGCAGGAAAACCAAAUGGGGCAUCAUAGAGGUUGAAAACGUGGCACAUUGUGAGUUUACCAACUUGAGAGAUCUGCUGAUUAGGUCCCACCUGCAGGACCUGAAGGACGUGACCCACAACAUCCACUAUGAGACAUUCCGCGUCAGGAGACUGAACGAGAGUAACCUGACCGUCCACGGUCUGGCCCUGUCCUGCUUUCCAAUGGAGAACGGGACCCACGGAACCAACGGAACCAAUGGAACCUCGGACAGGAGCGAAUCAGAGAGCCACCUCUGAGGGGGACCACAGAAUGCGUCGCACACAGCAGCAGCUCCAGCUUCCUGCUCACAGCUUCCUGUUUCCUGUUUUGACUGCAAAAUUGUUGGUCGACUGUUUCCCCCAAUCGGAACACGAGAAAGAGAGCGAAAGAAAGAAA